AUCUACAAUGAUGCAUUCUUUAAGAUUUCUUUUGUGUUUUCUCUUCAUAAGUGGUUGUGCUGCCACAAUAGUCUCUCACGAUGGCCGAGCCAUCACCAUUGAUGGUCAUCGUCGAAUUCUUCUCUCUGGAUCUAUCCACUACCCUAGAAGCACCCCUGAAAUGUGGCCGGAUCUUAUAAAGAAGGGUAAAGAAGGAGGUCUUGAUGCGAUCGAGACUUAUGUUUUCUGGAAUGCACAUGAACCUACUCGUCGUCAAUAUGAUUUCUCUGGAAAUCUAGAUCUUAUUCGAUUCUUAAAAACCAUUCAAGAUCAAGGAAUGUAUGGAGUUCUCCGUAUUGGACCAUAUGUUUGCGCAGAGUGGAACUACGGAGGGUUUCCAGUGUGGUUGCACAAUAUGCCCAACAUGGAAUUCAGAACUACUAAUACUGCGUUUAUGGUAAUCCNAUUUAUUUGUACCAUCAUUGUAAUUAAGUAUAAAAAUUGGGGAAGCAAAAACCCUCACCGAACCAGCGAAGAUGUUGCUUUUGCCGUUGCAAGAUUCUUCCAAAGAGGAGGAACAUUCCAGAACUACUACAUGUACCAUGGAGGCACCAACUUUGAUAGAACAUCUGGUGGACCGUACAUCACAACUACAUAUGAUUAUGAUGCUCCUCUUGAUGAAUAUGGUCAUUUGAGCCAACCAAAGUACGGACAUUUGAAGCAGCUUCAUGAUGUUCUUCAUGCCAUGGAGAAGACUCACACACAUGGAAACAUUACCACUAUCGAUUUUGGAAACCUAGUCACGGCAACAAUUUAUAAAACGGAAGAAGGUUCAAGCUGCUUCAUUGGAAACGUAAAUGAAACCUCAGAUGCAAGAAUCAAUUUCCAAGGAACAUCUUACGACGUCCCCCCUUGGUCUGUUAGCAUUUUACCAGAUUGCAAAAGAAAUUAUCGAGUAGAAGAUGGAAAAUUUCACUAUGUUUUCGAGCAAGACGCCAAAUUCAACCCUGGUGCUAAUGUCAUUACCCUCCUUAGUAUAACCGUAGGCCUUCCGAACUAUGGUGCCUUUUUCGAAAACGUACCUGCUGGAAUCACUGGACCUGUUUCUAUCAUUGGAAGAAACGGUGAUGAAACCAUAGUAAAAGACUUGUCAGCUCAUAAAUGGAGUUAUAAAACCGGUUUAAGUGGGUUUGAUAACCAACUUUUUAGUACAGAAUCACCUUCUACAUGGUCAGGUGAAAGUGUGCCAUUCAACCGAACCAUGACUUGGUAUAAGACUACUUUCAAGGCUCCUUUGGGAAGUGAACCAGUUGUGGUCGAUCUUUUGGGUCUUGGAAAAGGAACGGCUUGGAUCAAUGGAAACAACAUUGGACGUUACUGGCCAAAUUUUCUUGCAGGUAUUGAUGGUUGUUCUGCCGAAUGCAACUACAUAGGCACUUACUAUGCUGAAAAGUGUCAAACAAAUUGUGGAGAACCUACUCAAAGAUGGUACCAUGUUCCUCGUUCUUUCUUGAACUCAGAAGGAGACAACACGUUGGUUUUGUUUGAAGAGAUUGGAGGAAACCCAUCACUCGUCAAUUUCCAGACAAUUGGAGUCGGAAGUGUGUGUGCAAAUGUCUAUGAGAAGAACGUUCUUGAGCUUUCGUGCAAUGGAAAACCCAUUUCCGCCAUCAAAUUCGCUUCCUUUGGUAACCCAGGAGGCAACUGUGGAUCCUUUGAAAAAGGAACUUGUGAAGCAAGCAACGAUGCUGCCGCUAUUCUCACUAAGGAAUGUGUUGGAAAGGAAAAAUGUUCCAUUGAUGUCUCCGAAGAGAAGUUUGGAGCACCAAAGUGUGGUGGUGCUGCUAAGAGGCUUGCCGUCGAAGCUAUUUGCUAGUUUGUUCUUUUUUAGAGAUUUUAGGUAUUACUAUGGUUUUUUCCGAAGGAUGUAGGUGCUUUUGAUCCUAGGAAUUAUUUCUCCAUUAUUAGUUAUAUGGAGAUGUUAUUAAAUAAGAGACCGACUUCUAAUAAAAUGAUUUGGUUGUUAUGAAACUCUCUUCUGUCUUCUCCCUCGUUGUCGAAAACAAAAUUCAAACAUCGGAUUUUCUCUUGGACUGCAUCUUUUCUACCUAUGUCCAGAGAUCUUAAAGCUUGCAUUCUAUUGAAGAAAACUUGAUGACGUUAAGGAAGAGGACAUCACUUUAAUUUAGACAGAAACAGAGAAAUCUAAAGGAAUAGUCUUCGUUGCUUUUGGUUUAGGAACAUGGAAAGAAAUUUAGUUUUGUUUGAAACUUCACAACCUAAUGAGUAAUGAUACUCGCAAAUCUGAACAUCAAUACAUGACUCCACAUGUUUUGGCUAAAAAAAAAAAAUUGUGUAGAAAAAUAAUAUGCCAGUGUCACACACUAAGUUAGAUGUCAAGAUAAAAAAUCCAUAAAAGCAUAGUUCCCAAAGGUCUAUCAUGACAUCGUCAUUUGCUCUCUUUUCCAUUUCAUUCGUCAUUUUAAAGGUUUCAAGCGGUGGCAUUGAAAUUUGAUAGAGAAGAAGAAGAAAGCCAUAGGGAGGACGAAGAGAAUAGCGGAGAAGAUAUAGGUAUAGACAAGAACGCUGAUGAUCAUAGUCCCAAACAGGGAUGAACUCUUUGAUAGAAAAAUUAAAUACCUCUAAGAAAUAAAAGAUGAUACAAAUGUUCUAUAGACACAAAAAGACGAAUUCAAAACCAUUACCUGAUGAUGACUCCAAAAUUAAACGAGAAACCAAAAAAAAAAA